AUUGUAGUACCAAAGGUAACAUUAACACGUUUGCUGGCAGGGACGCUAGUUCGCGUCGGAUAUAGUUCGCUCAGGGCACAAGGGGUUCACAUUCACACCCGUGUAAACAUACCACAAUUGUAUUGCAUGUAAACUCAAAUUCAGGGGUCACUUUGAAAAUACAUUUAAGGAUACAUACAGGAGAGAUGCCAUACGAAUGUGAACUUUGUGGGAAGAAGUUUCGUCAUUUGCAGAGACAUUUAAAGAUGCAUAAAAGAGGAGCACCUUAUGAAUGUGAACAUUGUGGAAAGAAAUUCAGACUCAGUCAUGAUUUGAAAACACAUUUGAAGAUACACACAGUAGAAAUGCCAUACAAAUGUGAUCUUUGCGAAAGAAAAUUUAGACACUUAAGCCGUUUGACAGCACAUUUAAGGGUACAUACAGGAGAAACACCAUAUGAAUGUGAUAAAUGUGAAAAGAAAUUCAAAGACAGUACCACUUUGAAGUCACAUGUAAGGACACAUACAGGAGAAAGACCUUAUGAGUGUGAACAUUGUGGAAAGAAGUUUAGUAGAAAUGACACUUUGAAAAUACAUUUAAGGGUACAUACAGGAGAGAUGCCAUACGAAUGUAAACUUUGCGGGGAAAAAUUUAGUCAUUUAGGUCAUGAAAAGACAUUUAAAGAUACAUAG